AUGACUGGACGCGGCAAGGGCGGCAAGGGUCUCGGCAAGGGCGGCGCCAAGCGUCACCGCAAGAUUUUGCGUGACAACAUCCAGGGUAUCACCAAGCCCGCUAUUCGCCGUCUCGCUCGUCGUGGCGGUGUCAAGCGUAUCUCUGCCAUGAUCUACGAGGAGACCCGCGGUGUCCUCAAGUCCUUCCUCGAGGGUGUUAUUCGUGACGCCGUCACCUACACUGAGCACGCCAAGCGCAAGACUGUCACCUCUCUGGAUGUUGUCUACGCACUCAAGCGCCAGGGCCGCACCCUGUACGGUUUCGGUGGUUAA